AUGGCUGGACGUAUUCUUCCGGUUGCAUUGGCGACCAUCUCCGGCAUCGCAAUUGGCAUGGCUACCUUUGGCGAAGAGCUGAAGGCGCAACAGAUGGCGAGACUCACAGAGGAAUACAACCGAGAUCUUGCUGCCGCCGCUGCUGCAAACAGCGAGAACCCAGCUGCUGCUGCGCCUACUGCAGCGACGGUCACGCCACCACCCAUUGCCACAUCAUCGCCUGGUAAAGACGAGAUGAAGCCAGCCAAAGCCUCAUGGUCUGAUACAUUAGGAUUCUGGGCAUGGAAGAGCAAGCCACGGCAGGAUCUUGUACCUGAUUCCGUAGCGGCUCCGGCUGUCGCUCAGGAAGCACCAGCGAAACCCACGGUUAAGGCGCAGAUACAGAAGCCGUGA